AGGAAAAACAGAGAUGUAUGUAUGUAUCGCGAGCACAGAGAUAGGGUAAUGAGAAGAGCUUGGUAGAGAGAGAUGUGAGAGACAGGGAAUGAAAAUAAAUAAAGACCAAUAAACAUGGGCAAAGGAAAAUCAAAGGAAAGCCUGAAGUGUCCAUAGAAGACCAGGAUGUGGUCUGCAGAUUUUCAUUUCAUUUGGAAGUUAAGAGGACAACCUGGUGUUUCCUGAUCAUAGCCCAAACGACUGGAUGAUUUGACCAUUCUGGCAUUAAUAGACUUUUUAAAUGCAGCCUAUUUAUUAUAUCUGCAUCUAACAAAGUUUUUGAUCUCCAUUGAGCCAUUAUGCAGGAUGACUCAGAUGAUGGCAUUGGAAUGAACACCAACACCCCAGAGGACUUGUCACAGCAAAACGGGAAUGUAAACCAAAUCAGAAAACAGAGUCAGCAAGAUAAAACAGAGAAAGACCACUAUUCUUUGCAGGAUGAGGAAAAACAACUCAAUGGUAAUGGAAAUAGGCAUCUCAACAUUGAGCUAGGUAUUGCUAAAACAGAGAACAGUCCAGAGCCUCUUCAAACAUGCACAUCUUUUAGGACAUCCAGUGCAACCCCGAAUUGCUUUUCCAAUGUAGAACGCAAUAAUAUCAGGGCUCCUGGGAACUGCUUACAAUCCCGCAGAACUAACCAUGAUUGUACAGAAGCAGAGCCUGAGGUCACUGGAGUACCUGAGAGUGGGAAAAUCCGGCGCAGUGCUGCCACAGGUGCAUCUCGCUUUUACCAGGCAGUCCGGCUAGGAUUUCUGCAGUGCCUGGAGGACACACCAUUUGUUGUACCAGGCCUGGUAUUGAUCAUCAUAUUUUGUGUGACCCUCAUCGUUGUCAUCGCUGCUACUGAAAGACAUAUCAAUGGUUAUGUAGGAGCAUUAGCAGUGGUGUGUGUUGUUCUCUGCCUUUAUGUCCCGCUGUUGGUGUGUUUGCCAUGUCUGCCCACCUUGCGCAGGUGUGAACAGAUGCUUGCGCUCUCCAUCUGGUUCACACUAUUCAUCAUUGCCAUUGUCUUCAUCUUCACCGACAAAGUCGUCACAGCAUGGGAACAAGUGCCAUUUUUUCUCUUUCUCUCUCUAUCAGUAUACACAAUCUUGCCUCUUACUCUUUGGUGGGCUAUUAUCUUUGGAAUCGGAGCCAGUUUGUGUCACAUCAUCAUCAUUAGCGUCAUUGUGUCCGUCAGCAGCCCUAGGCCACGAGAUGUGGAAGUGCAGAUCGUAGCAAAUACAGUGCUGUUUGUGUGUAUCAAUUGCGUGGGACUCUUUCACCUCUGGCUUACUGAGAAUGCACGCAGAAAGUCCACCAUUAGCCGAGAAGCCUUUAGCUACAACCGCUCCAAAAGAGCAACACAGAAGCGUGAUCAGGAACACCUCCUCCUGUCCGUGCUGCCGCGAGGCAUUGCCAUGGAGCUCAAAGGGGAGGUUGUCAAAAGCCUCUCAAAAACAUUUUCAGGACCCGACAACAUGCCAAACUUCCACAACUUGUAUGUCAAGCAGCACAAAGACGUCAGUAUUCUGUAUGCAGACAUUGUAGGUUUCACCAUUCUUGCCAGCACCUACACUCCCGAGGAACUUGUCGUCGUCCUUAACAAACUUUUCGGCAAGUUUGACGAUAUUGCAAAGAAAAAUGACUGUCUACGUAUCAAGAUUCUGGGUGACUGCUACUACUGCGUUUCAGGCCUUCCAGAUGCGAACCCUAACCAUGCACGCAACUGUGUACAGAUGGGACUGGAUAUGUGCACUGCCAUAAAUAAGCUGAGGGAGGCGACAGGUGUGGACAUCAGCAUGAGGGUUGGCGUGCACUCAGGAAACGUGCUUUGCGGGGUAAUUGGCUUGCUCAAGUGGCAGUACGACGUCUGGUCAAAUGACGUCACUCUAGCCAACCGCAUGGAGUCUGGAGGUAUUCCGGGAAGGGUUCACAUUACAGAAGAGACACUUGGAAACUUAGGUGGGGCAUAUCAAGUUGAAGAGGGGAACGGAGCCAGUCGGGAUUCUGCUUUGGAGGGCAGAAAGACAUACCUAGUGAUUGACCCUAGCACACAGACCAGCACUGACACAAAACCAAAGACCAUGCUGGCUACAAGUAGUAGACAAAAGCAGCGAGCAUCAGUGAGAAUGUCUCAGUAUCUACAGUCCUGGAAGAGCAUCAACCCCUUCUCAGAACUCAACCGAGCAGAGGACGCUCCCCUCAGCCCAUUGCGUGAUUUCAGUCAGCCUCAAGGGGACAUUGAAUCAGUAAACCAUCAGCCAUAUACUUCCGAACGAGAAAGAAGGCAUUCAUUUGUGUCCGAAAAUGGGUCAAGUGUGUCACUGGAUCCCCCACUAGACACUUCAGGAUCAAAAACCAAGAAACUUAAUUGGUUGACACUGCUUUUCCGGGAUCUAAAUAUGGAGAAGCAGUAUCUGCAGAGUGAUGUAAAAGAUAUCCAUCAGUCUGCAGCCUGUCUGGCUGUUAUCUUCAUUGUCAUAUUCAUCGUACAGAUGCUCACCUCUCAAAAAAAUACACCUCUGGCGAUAUCAUAUGGAGUCACCUUCCCUGUUCAGUUGCUAAUACUGCUGGUAAUCAGCCUUGGAUUUGUGAAGUGGAACACUAAGAUAUCACCUAGCAUAAAAUGGAUGUUAUUACUGCCAUGUGGAAUGGUCACCAAGACGGUGCUGAGGCUAAUUCUGAUCUUCACCUGUCUUCUCAUCACACUACUAAUGGCCAUUCUGAAUUUGGUGUUUAUUCCAGGUGAUAACUGCCUAAACUCCACUGACAGUGCCAUCACGUUGGAUCAUCUAAAUCUCUAUUCUGUACCGUAUUAUCUGCAUUGCUGUUUAUUGGCGAUGCUGGGGGUGGUGGUGUUUGUACGAGUCUGGUUUUCCGUUAAACUCUUUCUUCUGACCCUCACACUAGUUGUCUACCUCGCUCUCUUUCUGUAUGUGUAUGCACCUCGUUCGGAUUGCUACGUACUGCAACUCUACAACGGUUCCAUCAAACCUGGAAUUCUAAAGGAGCCUAAGAUUAUGUCUGGCAUUUGGCUCUGCAUUUUCUACUUCACCUCUCUAAUUCUUGCUCGGCAGGAUGAGUUGGCCUGUCGAGUCGAGUUCCUUCUUAAAAAAUGUUUUGAGAAAGAACGAGAGGAGAUGGAGAUGACUGAAAACGUCAACAAGCUCCUCCUCGAAAAUCUGCUGCCUAGUCAUGUUACCGACUUCUUCAUUGGCAAAAAUGUCCCCAAUCAGGACUUGUACAGUCAGUCUUGUGAAGCUGUGUGUGUGAUGUUUGCCUCAGUGCCAGAGUUUAAGGAAUUUUAUACAGAAAGCAAUAUAAAUGGAGAUGGCCUGGAGUGUUUGCGAUUCCUCAAUGAAAUUUUCACAGAUUUUGAUGAGCUCCUCAGCAAGCCCAAAUUCAGUGUAGUUGAAAAAAUUAAAACUAUUGGCACCACAUACAUGGCUGCGGCUGGACUGACCAAACCCAACACAGGAGAGGAGCGAAAGGACAGUGAUGCAUGCAAGCAUAAUGUACGAAGUAUGGUGGACUUCGCCAUGGCUUUGAUGGGGAGACUGGAAAACAUCAACAGGCAUUCGUUCAACAACUUCAAACUCAGGAUAGGAAUUAACCAUGGUCCUGUCAUUGCCGGGGUAAUUGGAGCUCAUAAACCUCAGUAUGACAUCUGGGGCAAUGCUGUGAAUGUAGCCAGCAGAAUGGACAGCACUGGUGUACUGAAUAAAAUACAGGUGACUGAAGAAACUGCGCAGGUGGUUGAGAGCAUUGGUUUCUCAGUGACCAAGAGAGGCAUCGUUAACGUGAAAGGAAAAGGACAGCUUACCACUUACUUCAUCAACACUGAUCCACCAUCACAGCACCAAUAAAUGCUAUUGAGAAAACUGUUCAAACUCUGUACUGUAUGGAUAUCACUCAGAAACCCCAUCUGUGAAGGCUACAUUGCUAAUUAUGUAUUUGAUAUUAUAUACCCUGCCUUUAUCAAUUUUAUAACGAAAAUGAGCAAUAAGUAAGACAUGAAUUUCAGACAGAAAUCUGCAAAAAAAAGAAAGUGAUUUUGCAACAGUACCUCGUUCUGUAGUUUGAAAAAUGUGAUUGAAGAAUAAGUAAUUCCUGUACAGCUAAUGCUGCACUUUAAAUGUUUACAAACCAUGUGGCCUUGCACAUCUGCCAAAUGCACUACACUGAUAUUAGAAUAUGUCUUUGUGUUGUAUGUUUUCAUUAAUGCCUUUUAUUUAUUUAUUAAAGAACUUUCC